AUGCACACCCUCAAUGGCCGCUGUUUAGCCGAGAGCCAGCAGAAGCUCUGACAGCAUCGGGAAACUUUAGCUAAGCGUGCCUGUUUCUUUGACAUCUACAUACGCGCUCUCGUCUUCAUCUUUCUUCAUUCAUUAAUUUUCCCUCCGCCAUCAUUUGACGUUGCCUCGCUCUGUCCGCGACUGCUGCCUCCCCGUGGUGGCUCCCCCAGAGACAAGAUGGCUUCGUCGAAUGACCGAUCGCGCUUUGAAGACUCCGAAGACGAGGAGGACUUUAACCCUGCCCCGGCCGACCUGUCUGACGAGGAAGCUGGUGACGACGAUGCCGAUCAACAGUUAAGAUCGGAGGCGCGCGGAAGUAGCCCUGCUCCUCGUCGUGAUGCCGAUGAUGAUGAGGAGGACGCAGAGGAGGAGGAAGACGAUGUCAGGCGUCCUGCCGCUGCCGCUGACGACGACGACGACGACGACGAGGAAGACGACGACGACGACGAUGAAGAUGACGUUCAACAAGGGCACCGUCGCAAGCGUCGCCGAGACAGGCGCAAUGCCUUCUUCGAUAUCGAAGCCGAAGUCGACGAUGAAGAUGAAGGAGAAGAUGAUGAGAAGGAUGGCGAGGAGAUUGGAGACUUCAUCGAUAACGCCCACAUUGACGACAUGGUCGACAGCGGUCGGAACGAUGAUCGACGCCAUCGCGAACUCGAUCGCCGCCGAGAGAUGGAGUCCAGCAUGGACGCGGAGAAACAGGCAGAAAUCCUGCGGCAGCGUUACGGCAAUCGCAGAUCUGCAAAGGGCUUUGGCGACGCGUCGAUUGUCCCCAAGCGCCUCCUGCUGCCCAGUGUCGAUGAUCCAAGCAUUUGGGCCGUGAGGUGCAAGGAAGGCAAGGAGCGCGAGGUCGUCUUCUCAAUUAUGAAGCGCAUUGAAGAGCGUGCCGGAACCAAGGAUGAGCUUGCCAUCACUGCUGCUUUCGAACGUGGCGGUAACGAGUCCGUCAUGAAGGGCUUCAUCUACGUGGAAGCCCAACGACAAACGGAUAUUCUCAAGGCGCUUGACAGCAUGCUCAACGUCUAUCCGCACUCGAAGAUGAUUCUGGUCGAAAUCAAGGACAUGCCUGAGCUUCUCCGUGUCACCAAGACGCCAACCCUAGAGCCAGGCGCCUGGGUUCGCCUGAAGAGGCCAGUUAAGCACAGCGGAGACUUGGCGCAGGUCCUAGAUGUCACCGAGAAUGGCCUAGAGGCAAGGGUUCGGUUUAUCCCUCGACUAGACUACGGUGUGCGCGACGAUGCGCUGUCAGUCACUGCUGAUGGAAAGCGCAAGAGGCCUUUCGGCAUGUCAGGCCCGAAACCACCACAGAGGCUCUUCAGCGAGGUAGAGGCCCGAAAGCGCCACCCGCGCCAUAUUCAGGGCAAUCCCACCACCAACACUUGGUCGUACAUGGGCGAUGAAUUCGAGAACGGCUUCCAGGUCAAGGAUGUCAAGAUUCAACAGCUUGUGGUUACCGAUGUGAACCCAAGUCUCGAGGAGGUCACCCGAUUCGCUUCAGGCGCCGAGGAUGGUACGGAAAAUCUCGAUCUCAAGGCCUUGGCUGCCAGUCUGAAGGAUAGCAACACCCUGGUUACUUACCUUCCCGGCGAUAUUAUCGAGGUGUACUCGGGCGAGCAGAAGGGUGUGGUUGGCAAGGCGACCAGCGUUCAGGGAGACAUUGUCACCAUGUCCGUCACGGAGGGUGAUCUUGCCGGCCAGACAAUCGAGGUGCCUAUCAAGGGACUGCGCAAGCGGUUCAGAGUCGGUGACCAUGUCAAGGUCAUUGGAGGGAGCAGGUUCCGGGACGAGGUGGGAAUGGUGGUCAAGAUCUCCGAGGAUCGCGUGACCCUCCUUACAGACCAGACCAACACCGAAGUCACCGUCUUCAGCAAGGAUCUUCGCGAAGCCAGCGACAUUGGCGGACAGGGAGCACUAGGGCAAUACGAGCUCCAUGAUCUAGUGCAGCUUGACCCCACAACCGUUGGUUGCAUUGUCAAGGUAGACCGCGAGUCGCUCGUGGUCCUUGAUCAGUUCGGUGAUACUCGGCAGGUGAUGCCUUCGCAAAUCGCCAACAAGCUGCCCAAACGAAAGCAGGCCGUUGCUGCAGACCGCGACGGCUCUGAGAUCCGACUCGAGGACGUGGUGAAGGAGUUUACAGGCCAACAGCGACAGGGAAAGAUCAUUCAUAUCCAUCGAUCAUAUGUCUUCCUUCACACAAAUGACAGCAAGGAAAAUGCAGGCGUGUUCGUCACCAAAGCAAGCAUGGUCAACACUAUUGCUGCCAAGGGUGGGAGAGUCAGCGCUGCCUCAACGGGCCCCGACCUGAACACGAUGAACCCAGCGCUCAAAAUCCACAAGAACGGCGCCGAGAACAAGCCUCAACAGCCCAUGAAGAUGUUCGGUCGGGACAAGGCCAUCGAGCAGACUGUCAUUAUUAAAAAGGGAGCCUACAAGGGUCUGCUGGGCAUUGUCAAAGAUACGACGGACACACAUGCGCGUGUCGAACUCCACACCAAGAGCAAGACUGUCACUGUGCCACGCGAUAGCCUCGCAUUCAAGAACAGGAUGACCGGAGCCACGAUUGAUAUCAACACGCGCGGCCGAGGUGGUGGCGGAGCGGGCCGAGGCGGAGGCGACAGAGUGCCAAGUUGGCAGGGAGGUUCUCGAACGCCAAUGGCCAGUGGCAACUCCGACCGAGUGCCCGCUUGGGGAUCACGAACACCUUCGGCGAGUGGACGAACACCGGCUUGGAAGGCUCAGGACAUGUCCGGGGCCAGGACGCCGGCUUGGGCAGACGGCUCACGGACCGUCAAUCCCUACGACGGCAGCCGCACUUCAUAUGGUGCCGGAUCGCGCACUCCUGCCUGGCAAUCCGGAGCGAGAACUCCGGCUCCCGGGGACGCUUUCGGCGCUGGAUCUCGAACUCCUGCGUAUGGUGGUGGUGACAGCUGGGCGUCGGGCUCCAAGACUCCCGCGUACGGAGCAUCCGCUCCCACUCCAGGAGCGAGUGGCAACGACACCUGGGGUUACACGCCUGGGGCUACUGGCUCGUCCAACCCGUACGAUGCUCCCACACCUGGCGGUGCUCUCCUUGGAGCCCCUACUCCUGGUGCGAUGAACGCUCCCACGCCUGGGGCCUACUCGGCACCAACACCUGCGGCGAACGCGCCCACUCCGGGAGGCUGGCAGGGCGGUUGGGGCGCUGACUCUGCCCCAACGCCGGCAGCCGGAGCUCCCACGCCAGCAGCAAGUGGCUUUGCGGGAUCGGGAGGCUACUACGGGGCUCCAACUCCAGCCGCCUAUGGAGGAGCACCCGAGACUCCUGCGGCAAGUGGGCCGAGGUAUGCGGAUGAAGACGACGAUUGAUCUGCUGGUUGAAACGAGGGGCUACUCUGGCCAAGGCGGAGGAUGCGAGGCUGCAUAUUGGCGUUUUGAGGAUUGUAUAAUAGAAUCAGUGUACCAGACGAGCCGUCAGAUCUUUGGAGCCGCGGCCGUCUUCCAAAAUGAAUUCAAGGUCGAUUUAGUUAAUAGGCGCUGGCCACUGCCAGUAAGCCAUAUCUUGAAAUUUGAUAUUCGCCAGUAAAAUGC